AUGGCGGAGGAGGGACGUGGGGAAGGUGGGUCUGAGAUCCCUGCACAGGAUAGUGCCUUCCCAGAACAACAGCCUCUCUCAGAACAGCCUCCCCCAGUUGAGCCUCCAGUGGUUUCAGAUGAGCCCCCCCCUCCUGGGAUGGAGACAGGAGAAGAAGCAGGGAGGGCAGAUCAAGGAGGAGGGGAGGGAGAGGCAGGAGAGGAAGGAGAGGAAGGUGAUGAAGGGGCGGAGGGAGGAGCGAAAGAAGCAGGCGGAGAAGGAGGAGGACGAGUAGCACCAGGGGCGACAGGAGGGGAGGAGGCAGGCGAAGUGCCCGAGUCGGUGCGGGGGGUGGUGGGGAAGAUGGUGGAAUUUAUAGUGCGCAACGGGCACGAGUUUGAGAGCAUUGUGCGGCAGAGGGACGCUGGGGAGGGGCGCUUUCCCUUCCUGCUGCCAGGAGACCGCUUCCACGCCUACUACCAGCGCACACUGAAAGAAGCUCUAGAGAGCAUUGUGCGGCAGAGGGACGCUGGAGAGGGGCGCUCCCCGUUUCUCUUGCCGGGAGACCCGUUUUUGCAGCUACUACCAGCGAACACUCAAGGACGCUCUGGAGGUGAGAUUGGGAGAGGGGUGAGUGCAUGCGGGGUUGGGCUGGCCUAUUCUAAUGUUAGCAGCGGGAUGCGGGGGAGGGGCGCUACCCGUUCUUAUUGCCUGGGUAUGGUAUCUCUUCCACGCCUACCACCAGCGCACCCUAAAGGAGGCUCUGGAGGCGAGAGGGAGUGUGGAAUGACAGGGGGGUUUGGGCUGCCUGCGCUAGUGAGUCUAGUUGCUGGAGUGAUGCUGGGUGUGGUGGGGAAGGUGGAGUGGUGUGGCGGGGAAGGUGGAGGGGUGUGGCGGGGAAGGUGGAGUGGUGUGGUGGGGAAGGUGGAGUGGAGUGGCGGGGAAGGUGGAGGGGAGUGGUGGGGAAGGUGGAGUGGAGUGGCGGGGAAGGUGGAGGGGUGUGGUGGGGAAGGUGGAGUGGAGUGGCGGGGAAGGUGGAGGGGUGUGGUGGGGAAGGUGGAGUGGAGUGGUGGGGAAGGUGGAGGGGAGUGGUGGGGAAGGUGGAGGGGAGUGGUGGGGAAGGUGGAGUGGAGGCGUACAUUGUGUGCAACAGCCCCUCGGAGUUGCGGCCACCCCCUCGCCCUCGCCCCCCCACUGCGGUCCUACCAGGCGAACUGCCCGUGCCUGCAUGCCUCUCUCUCAGUCCGCCUCCUGCCCCUUGCUUUCCCCUUCCACCACCCCCUCGCCCUCGCCCCGCCACUGCGGUCCUACCAGGCGAACUGCCCGUGCCUGCAUGCCUCUCUCUCGCUCCUCCCCUCCUUCUCCCCUUUCCCCCCAUUCCUGCCCCUCACCUCCUCCACCACAGCGCGCCAAUGCCCCUCUUGUGUUGAUGCCUCAGCCAUCCCCUCGAGCUCGGGCCCCCACUGCCAUGCUGCCAGGAAAACUGCCUGUCCUUCUCCUCUUCCUGCCACAAUCUCAUUCUUGCUCCCCCCUGUCCUCUUCCUUGUCUCCUUUCCUAUCCGCCUCUUAUCCUGUCCCCACAUUCCCUUCCCCCCCACAGCGCGCCAAUGCCUCUCUGGUGCUGAUGCAUCAGCCGCCCCCCCGCCCUCGGCCCCCCCACUGCCGUGCUGCCCGGCAAACUGCCCGUGCCUGCAUGUCUCUCUCUCAUUCCGCCUCCUGCCCCUUCCGCCCCCUCGCCCUCGCCCCCCCACUGCCGUGCUGCCCGGCAAGCUGCCCCGCGCCAAUGCUCCUCUGGUGUUGAUGCUGCAGCCACCCCCUCGCCCUCGGCCCCCCACUGCCGUGCUCCCAGGCAAGCUGCCCGUGCCUGCUGUCCGCAAACUGAGGGGGGGAGAGGCGGGUGUGGUUCUAAGAGAUGUGACUCUAGCGGGAGGGGAGUCUGAUAGGGGUGGUGCUGGUAACACAGGUGGUAACCGCAUGAGCGCUGCAGCAGUGUUGGAGAUUCUGAGGGGAAGGAGGCCCGGGAGUGGACCAGGCAGGUCAGUCACUGGGCAGGGGUCUGCUCGUCCUGCUGGUCAAUCUUCUGCUGACUUAUCUGCUGCACCUUCUGCUGCUCCUCACGCUACUGUCACUGGUGUUGCCCCUCCUCCAUCUCUCAUUCCUACUGCUGCUGCUCCUGGUGGUUCCGGUGCUGCUGCUGCUGCUGCUGCUGGUGAUGGUGGUUCUGCUGCUGCUGGUGCUGCUGCGGUGCAAGGAGGGGCUGUUGAGGAACUAACAGCAGAGGAGCAGAGGCGGCUGGAGAGAAGGCGCAAGGCAAAGCUGUUCUCUGCCAUGCUCACCUCUACAGCCGGUGCUGCUGUAGUCGGUACGUCUGCUGCAGGGAGCAGUGCUGCUGCCGCUGGCGUUCCCACAGAAAGGGGCGGGGGCACUGAUGCGGCAGCAGUAGGGGGCAGUGGUGGUGUAACCACGCAAGGGGCUGAGGUUGCUCUGGUGGCAGCGGCGGCAGCUGCAGCAGCAGCAGUGGCCAAGGCACUGCCCCUUCUUGGCUUGUCAGGACAGGUUGAUGCUUGCGUUGGGAAGGGUGGAGGGGGAGGAGGGAGGGCAAGCAAAGGAGCAACGGGAGGAGCAUUUGGAGGGGCAAAGGCAGCGGUUAAUGGAGUGGAAAGUGGAUCGGUUGAGAUGGGGAAGGGGAAAGUUGGAUUGGAGGGAGAAGCAGAAGCAGGUUGUGCAGUGGGGAAAGAGGAGAGCAGGGAGGAGGGGGAGAGGAGCGAUGAAGAGGAGAGAAGGGAGGACAGGGAGGAGGAUGGGACGGAAAGGGGGAGGUCUUCGUCCCCUUCAUCCCCCUCUCGGUCGUCUAUCUCUCCCUCUCCGGCUCGUACCAGCAAGCUUGGUAGGGGAAACGGGAGGGGCAAGGAGUCGAGCAGACGGGGAGAAGCGAGCAGGAGGAGGGAAGGGGGUGAUGAUGGGUCGAGAAGAAGCCGUGGGCACUUGAGAAAAGGGAGUGGUGGUGCCAAGAGGAAAGGGUGUGAGCGUUUGAGUGAGGGGAGUGACAGCGACGAGAGGGAACGGCGAGAGGGCACGGACAAGGAGAGCAAGCAUACAGUCGAGGCGAAACCAAGGGAAGAACAGAGGAAAGGUGGUGGGAAGGAGAGAGCAUCUGAACCUGCAUUUGGCGUGAAAAGGGAGUCACGUGAAGAGGAGAAAAAACAGGGGGUAAGGGAGAUGGGCGAGAGCAAGAUGGGUGCGGAGGGGAAUGUUGCAGCGAGUGUGAGUGUUCCUGAUGACAUUCUAGCCAAGGUGAAGGCGCUGCUGCGGAAGCUGUGA